CAGCAUUUUUCUGGAGUAGGUCCUACUGAGCAGAUAGCUUUCUGGGUUGUCUCCUGCUUUUUGGUUAUACAAAUUUCAUUAUUUACCAUCAUCAAUUAAAUUUUCAACAGCAGAGUUUUAGAAGCUGACCUGGAUAUCAGUUAUUAUCCACAGUAAAAUAAUGAAGCAUAAAAGAAAAACUAAGCACCUUGAGCCAUCACUUGUGGAACAGCCAGAGAAGAGAGCCAGACAAGACUUAGAUUCUCAAGAUGACCUGCCAGGGAGAAACAAUGAAGUGGCCCCAGCUCGAGACCAGGAAGAGACCUUUAUUGAUUCCUCGAAUCGCUUCUCUUAUGAAGACAAAUCCAUCGGUGCAGGCUUGCGUCAAGGAGCAGAAGAGAAUUCCACCAACUUAGAGGAUUGCUCCGGAGUCUCUCCUUCUGGCCACUGCAGCCUUACGAAGCAAGAUGGUCUUGGAUCACCGGAGAUGCCUUUAGAUGAAGACAUGAUGGAAAGGGAGAAAUUACGUUAUAACUUGCGUUCCCCUUCCCCAUGCUUCUUGGAUAGCCACUCAUCAUCUUCAGAAUCUUCUGAAAAGAAACGCGUCAUGAAAGUUUACUACAUGCAAGUCCCAAAGAAAAGGGGUGCAGAUGCCUUAGGGGAUGCAGAAGACCUGGAGCCGCCCCAAAAGAGGAUAAGAGCAGCAAGUGUUAGCAUUCCUAGGAAGCUGCUUCCAAAGCUCAGCCUCCCUUCCCUAAGGGACACUUUAAGUGAUAGUGAGGACAGCUCCCCCAGUGAAGUCCAGGAGCAAAGGGAAGAGGCUGAGAGACCAUCAGGGCCUCGGGAUCAGGAGGCAGGGGGCAGCAUCCAAGCCCCGGAUGAGCCGGUGGGCCUGGAAGAUGAAUUCCAGUGCAUGGGAUGCCACAAACUCUUCCCCACAGUGGAAUCGCUGAAGAGGCACGUGGAGCAUGCGGGCGAGGAGGCUAUCGAGUGCCUUAAUUUUCACCUCGCACUUGCCAAACUAAAGCCAAAGAGGAAGACAAAGAAGAUUCAAAGGAGGCAGAAUAUUGAGAUAAACAAAAUAUCUCAGGGCUAUCUAGCGACUCUUUUCUGCGUGUUGGUAGUUUUUCUGAUAAUAUUUUGGGUGGUUUUUUAAUUAUUUAUUCACUGAAAAUGAAAUCACUCAUAUUUCUUGAUACAAAUAAGAGGCAAUAGUUUAUGGGGCCACCAGGAAUCUUUUUUUUGUUUCAUCCAAAACCAGCCCCCGAGAAAUCAAGUACGACCCCUGAUCACAAAGAAACAAAACCAGUUCCAAAAGUCAACCACAGGAACACAGACUGUGCUCUUGGCCAUACAAUGUCCAGCUUCUUCCCCCAAGGUCGGGUGCCAAAUGCAGCUGAGCAGUUUCGGUUCAGCGCCAAAACAAACAUUUCCAGGGGGGUGAUGCUUAUAAAUAAACACUCUUUCAGCUCCUAAAAGACAAGAAGAAAGUCAGCACAAAUUCAUCGAGACAGCUUCUCUAUAUUUUAUGUUAGCUUAAACAGGGCUCAGAGACUCACCAUGUAGCCCUGAAACCAUUCAACUUUAUUACUGCCCACAUUAACAUCUGCAAAUACACACAUGAUGCAAGAAAUGUCAAAACAUACAGAACUUUGGCAGUGCCGAUUGUAAUGCCUCAUCUGCCCUGCAUUCACUCCCAGACACUUAUUUUCCUCAAAAUGUACUUUAAUACUUUGAUACAUUCUCUCUAGCUGUUUCUAUAACAGUGAUGACAGACUGUCUCCCAUGGUGAACUGUGAUCUACUUCUCAGCAUAUUACUUGGUUGAACAUAAAUUGAUUGAGGAAAGGACAUGUAACUUUAUGGAUGGAACAAAAAAUAACUAAAACCCAACCUUUGGCUUCUCUAAGUUUGCGCAUGUGUAGGUUUACAAACGUAUACAGUCAUGCUAAGAAGGAAGGUAAAAGGUGUACAUAGAGGUGUCCCCACAAUCAGAGUGCCACUUUAAUCUUAAUAACUUUAAAAUCAUAAGUCUCACCAAUUUUUGGAAGGUAUCCUUUGUACAUUUAAUUAUUUACCUGACAUGUGACUUGUUUAAUUCUCAGCAAUUUCCAAUAUAAUUUUUAAUUCCUGUUUGUCACUCUUUGUCAUCUCCCACUGAGGAACAAAAAUGAAAACCUGACAAUUUGGAAUGUAUUAUGGACAGUUCCCAGACUUUAUGUGGUGUGAUCAAGAAUAUUGUGACUACUUAAAUUUUUAAAAAUUAUUAUAGUUAACAGCCCAUUGCUGUUAACAUCUCUCACAGUAAUGCCCCUGGCUUUGAACACACUUAUUCCAUCAUUUUUGCCACUUUCUGAAGCAUUUCUGGAAGCCUUUGGUGAGCGUCUCUAGUAAUGCUCUCUUGGUUCUCUUGACGUCCUGAAUCAAUUCAAAAUGUGCCGGGCCAGUAGGGAAGAUGCACUGUACCUUUUGAAUUGAUUCAGGACAUCCAGUUAGCCAGGAUAGCAUAACUGAGGACACUCUUGAAAGAGGACUUCCAAACAUGCUUCAGAAAUUGGCAAGAAGGAUGGGAUACAUGCGUUCAAAGCCAGGGGCAUUCUUUUGAGGGGGAUUAACAGCAAUAGGUCUUUUACCAUAAUUCUUUUUCUAAAUUUAAAAUUCAUAUUAUUUUUUCAAUCACAACUCAUAUUUUGGGGAAGAGAUAUUAGAAUAGUUAAAUGUACAAAUGACAAGGACUUUCUUUAGAAAUUGUAUCUUCUAUAUAAGUUUAUCAUUAUGAAGACUGAAACUGCCAGAAGGCAUUUGGGGCCCCUACUUACGUGCAUAUUUAUUUAUCUUUUAACAAAUUUAUCGAUUUUUCUGUCCUUCUGAUUAUCUCUUUGUGUGACGAUUAUCUGCUCUAGUGCACAUGCACAUACAAACAGGAGCCAAAAUGGUUGCGGUUACUUUACCCGCCUCGUAGUUUCUGUUUUCUUCAUGGGAAAAGGUCUUCUCCAUCCCACCCCAACUGCAGAAAAAUGAAUGCCAGUAGCCAAAGGAGGCCCUUACUUCACUAUCUGACUUGGUGGCUGACCUAUCUAUGCCUGUUGGACAAUCUGUAGUGAUAGCUUGGAAAUUUUAAGGAGAAGACACAGAGAUGUUGACUUUUACCUUUGAACAGUCUUCUGUGUGCAACUCCAAAUGAGGUCUACAGUCCUCAAAAGCCGGUCUUUCUUCAAUUCUCCGUUCUUUAAAAUACCUCACCUUGUCAACUGUUACUUUAAUUCCCUGAGCAUCUCCUCUGAAAUCUUCAAUAAACUUUUGUUU